UUGUUUAUUAAAUUUAAUGGGCCAUAAUUUAAUAAUUUUUAUAUCGUAAUUCAUUAAGAUAGACAAUGGAUUCAUAAUGGAUAAUCAUAAUAGUACCUUUCUUUAUAAUUUACGAUAAAAAUGAUUCAUUAAGUAAUUUAUAGAAAUAGUUCUGAAAUUAAAGUACAAAAUCAAUGAACAUAUUUUCAUUCAAUAUAUUCUAGAACAUAAUACUAGUAUGAAAUAAAAUGUAAUUUGAAAAUGGAUAAGGAAUAUCAUCAAACACCUAUUAAUGAAGAAUCUGAGUUAGAAAAAUAUAAGAAAAAUUUGCAUAAUUUAGUUGUUGCUUAUAAAAAGUUAACAUUAGAAAAAAAUGCUUUGGAAGCAACUUUAAAAACAUCUGUCAGAUUAGAUAUUCAAGAUGAUACAUCUGAAACAGAUGUGUCCGAGAUAUCAAAUGAUUCUCAUCACUCACGUUUCAUUAACCUUGUUAAUACAAUAGAUAUACUUCAACGUGAUAAAAAUGAAAUUAUAGAAAAAUCAAAAGAAGAAAAAAACAUCCUACUAACUGAAAAACAAGAGCUAGAACAGUCUAUUAAGGAGUUAAACAUGAAAAUGGACACAUUGAAAAAACUUCAACGAUUAGAAAUGGAGAACAUUAAAAGUAAAUUUAACAAAGAAAGGUUACAACGUGAAAAAGAAUUCAAUGAUCAUGGUGUAAUGAUGAAAGAAUUACAAAAGUUAAUGUCUGAAGAACGAAAACAAAAGGAACAUGCAGAAUCUACAGCAGAUCUAUUACAAAAAGAAGUUGUACGUUUAAAGAGAGACGCUGAACUUUUUAAAAAACAAUCUUUUGAUUUGAAUACAGAGUUACAUGAAAUAAAACAGGAAUUAAAAAAUAAAGAUGAAGAAACUUCAAAUUUAUUGACACAAUUAAGACAAGAAGUUAAAUCUGUACGACAAAAUCAUUCAGUUGCCAUAUCUCAAGAGCAGACAAGAGCAAAUGAAGCAGAAAAUCGUUCUAGAGAGUUAGCAAUAGCUCAUGAAAUUAGAGUAUCAAAUUUAGAAAUGCAAUUGGCUGAAUUAUCUAAUUCAAUUGGUGUAUAUGAAAAGAUUAGACAACAAGAUGAAGAAACUAUAAAAACAUUGAAAGAUCAAAUAAAAAAAUUGGAAAAAAUUAAUCAUAAUGAAAUAGAUUAUUCUGUAUCUGAAAUAGUUGAAAAAUUCAAAUACUUCAAAACUCUUUUAUUAAAUUUAGCUAGAACAUCUGAAGUUCCUUUAAGUAUUGAAGAUAUUUUUUUAAAAGACUUAGAUUUUAGUAUAUUUGGCAAUAAAUUUAAAUACAGAAAUAAUAUAGAAGAACAAAAAGAGAGUAAUGCAAUUAAAGAAUUACCUCAUCUACCAGACAAUUAUAUUUUAUUAAACCAGAUAAAAAAUUUAAAACAACAAGUUUCUAUAUUGCAGUCUGAACGUGACUUAUUAGAAAAAAAAUAUAAAGAUAAGAUAGAAGAGGAUACAGAUGAAAGUUUAAGUUGGAAAGAAAAGUAUAUUAAAAAUGACUUAGAUUGGCAAAAACGUGUAUCAUUUUUGGAACAACAAUUGUUAAGACAACGAGAUAAAGCUCAAGAAAUGGUCUCUGAAAAAGAACAAGAACUUAAUUCUCUUCGUGAAUUGUUACAAAAUACUAAAAUUAAUAGAAAAUUUUCUCAUUCAUCUACCGGUUCUAGGAAAGAGUUCCAAGAAUAUAUAGAUGAUGAAACUACUAAAAAAGGAUCUCAUUUGCUUCAUUAUGCUCAUGAAUUAGCAUUGAAAGAUAUGGAAAUAUGCAAGUUCAGGAAGUCCAAAAGUAAAUUGGAAUCUAAAUAUAGAGAUCUACAAAAGAGUACAGCUGACAUGCAACACCAAUUUAAAUUUGAUAUUGAUAGAUUAAAUCAGGAACUAAGAAGGUUAGAGACUUGCAAGACAAGAGAAGGAGCAAAUUUAGAAUACUUAAAAAAUGUCACUUUAAGUUAUUUUCUUACUGCAGAUGAUAAAAUUAGAAGACAUUUGGUAAAUGCAAUUGCAGCAGUUUUAAAAUUUUCAGAUAGUGAAACGCAGAAAGCUUUGAAGAGCUUAACUUAAGGCAAAUAAUUUUAAAAUGCAAAGUUUUAAGAAGAUCUUAUGUCAGCUAUUAUUUAUUUUGUCAAACUGAAAUCUUUUUAAAAUUAUUAUUUUUUUUAUUAAUAUUUGAAUAAAUUAUUGAAGUCUUUA